UACCUGUUGACCCCAAAUGUAUCUACUCCGAAAUAGCCACCAAUAAAUUGGUUUGUGCACUACACUGCGGUAGGCACCCAUAGUGCAUUAGUGCAGAUUGUGUACAGUGCUGUAGCUUAUGAGCGACGAGGAGGACACUAGAGAGGACGACCGAAUCUUGCGAUCGGCAAGGCGCCCGAUUGCCCACUUGGCAUUAGGACCAGAGGGUGACAGGUACCUGUUCCGCCAGCGUAGAGAUAGGUUGCAGCAGCAGAGGAGGGCUAGAGCAGCAGAGGCUAGCCGGGCACUUGGACCGGGACAAACACAGUGGGUACCAAAGACGGCCAUCGUCGCUCCUAAACCCUUCACAGGGGAUAAGAGAGGCGAAGACCUUGACACAUGGUUGAGGGCAGUGCCGGUCUAUGUCAAGUGUAAGCUUACCUUGCCGCACGAGGAAGUGCUUGCGGCUGCAUCCUAUCUAGAGGGUAGUGCAACAAGAUGGUUGAGCGGUUUGGUGCAACUACAGGGAUACGGUCACGACUUCCGCUCUUGGGCACGCCACCAGAAACUCGAGGACUUCCUCAAGAUGGUGGAGGAAAGGUGGCAUGAUCCUCAGGAGGCUCAAAAGGCCACUGACUCGAUCUUGAUACUGCACACGAGGCAGUUUAAGUCAGUCAGGGAGGCCACCGACGCUGUAGAGCGUCUGAUCUGUGUCCCUGGGGUGCGCUAUGUCCCCCAGGUUUUACUCACCUCCUGCCUGAGAUGCUUUCCAACGCCUCUCAGGAAUCAGUUGGCAGGUGAGGCCGACAUCAAUGUUCACGACUUCCCCUCGUUUAGCAAGAAGGCCCUAGACCUUGAGGCGAAGAUAGGGCAUGGACAUAACCCCACAACGGACGGUAGGAAGAAGACACUGCCUCCCAACUGGAAGGCGAAGGGUCGCAUUAUGUUUGUCGAUAAUGAUGGUUCAACCAUUGAGCUAGACGACAACUUCCAAGCAGGAGUAGGUUCAGAGGCUGGCAGCAUAGAAGCUUCAAAGGGUGGAGUAGUCGUUGCCGUAGCUCAAAAAGGGGUUGUAGAGAGGGAGGUCGUCCACGCGAUAGAGAUUAUCCCAGGGUCUAGCAUCCUGAAGGGUAGGAUCUAUCGGAUGUCUCCAAGCGAGCUCGAUGAGCUUCGCCGACAGCUCAAGGAACUCGUAGAGAAGGGUUGGGUCCGACCGAGUGUCUCUCCUUAUGGAUCUCCAGUACUAUUCAUACCUAAGAAGAAGGAGGGAACACUUAGGAUGUGCAUUGACUAUAGGGGCCUCAAUGCCAUCACUGUCAAGAACAGAGAGGCCCUACUGCGGAUCGACGAUUUGCUAGAUAGAGUGCAAGGGUGUCGGUACUUCAGUAAGAUAGAUCUGAAGUCCGGGUACCAUCAUAUUGCAAUUCGUCCCGAGGGUCAACACAAAACCGCCUUUCAGACCAGGUACGGUCUGUACGAGUUUGUGGUGAUGCCUUUCGGUCUUUGCAAUGCUCCUGACACCUUUCAACAAGCUAUGAAUCGGAUAUUCCAUGACUACUUGGAUAAGUUUGUCAUCGUGUACCUCAAUGGCAUACUUAUUUUUAGUAAGACUGUCGAGGAGCACGUUGCGCACUUGGACAAACUCCUCCGUCUCUGGCGACAACACAAGUUCAAGAUCAACGGUGAGAAGUGCGAGUUUGGCUGCACCCGUGUCUUAUACUUGGGUCAUGAGAUUUUGGUGGAAGGGUUGAAGCCCGAUGACGCGAAGGUGGCCAGCAUUCGUGACUGGCCGCGUUCUCAGUCUGUGACUGAGAUGAGAUCUUUCUUCGGGAUGAUCGGCUACUAUCGCAAUUUCGUGAAGAGCUAUAGCAUAGUUGCCGCCCCUUUGAUUGAUCUGACGUGCCUUGACACCGCAUGGGAGUGGACUGAGAGAUGUGAGGCUGCUUUCAGACAUCUGAAGCAUUAGUUGACGCAUUGCGAAGUCUUGAAACUUCCUGAUUUUGAUAAGCCAUUUAUGGUAACUGCGGAUGCUAAGCCAAUAUG